CGGGAUAAAAUUUAAUUAGACUCGCCUUGUGGAAUAAAGGCAUUUUCGACGAGAAUUUCUGUAGAGAUGAGGCCUUCUUGUGCUUCUUCCUCCUCCUCCUCUGCUUCUCCUUCGUUGAGGCUAUCGUCAGUGACAGUGGCGGUGGACAAAGCCACGAGCGAGCUUCUCCGCACUCCUGAUUGGACCAUCAUCAUCGCCAUCUGCGAUUCUCUCAAUUCUAAUCGCUGGCAAUGCAAAGAUGCCAUCAAAGCCGUGAAGAGAAGAUUGCAGCACAAGAGUUCUAGAGUUCAAUUACUCACUUUAACGUUGUUGGAGGCAAUGCUGAAGAACUGCGGUGACUUUGUGCAUUCUCAUAUCGCUGAGAAACAUCUUCUUGAAGAUAUGGUUAAGCUUGUCAGGAAAAAGGGUGAUUUUGAAGUAAGGAACAAACUCUUGAUUUUGUUGGAUACAUGGAAUGAAGCAUUCAGUGGAGUUGCUUGCAAACACCCUCACUACAACUGGGCAUACCAAGAGCUUAAACGGUGUGGUGUGAAAUUUCCACAACGUUCGAAAGAAGCACCCCUGAUGCUUGAACCACCACCUCCAGUGACACAGUCUUCUUCCUCUUCUUCUAUGAAUUUAAUGUCCAUUGGCUCAUUUAGAAGGCUUGACGAAACUAUGGCUACAGAAAUUGAGAGCUUAAGCUUAUCAAGCCUUGAAUCCAUGAGAAAUGUGAUGGAUCUUGUGAAUGACAUGGUUCAAGCCGUUAAUCCUUCUGAUAAAUCAGCCUUAAAAGAUGAGCUAAUAGUUGAUCUAGUAGAGCAGUGCAGAUCUAAUCAGAAGAAACUAAUCCAGAUGCUCACUACAACUGCGGACGAGGAUGUUCUGGCACGUGGUCUCGAGCUGAAUGACUCUUUGCAGGUAGUGCUCGCUAGACACGACGCUAUUGCCUCUGGCGUCUCUCUUCCUUUGUUGUUGCAGGCCCCAGAGCCAAGAGAGACAAGCUCUUCCCUCAAGACUUGUGGUGCUGCUGCUCUUGAGUCUGCUGACUCUGAGUCUUCUUCAUCAUCAUCGAGCAGUGAAAGUGAAACAGAUGAAGUGGAGGAUGUUAAAGAUGACUUUAUACAGCUAGCCAAAAGGCAUGCUCUAUUAAAUGCCCUACACAGCGAUGAAGAAGAAGAAACAUUGCUUCUAGGCAACGACAAUGAAAAAACAGCAGAAGCAGAAGCCAAGACACAGUGCAAAGAUCUAGCUUUGUUCGACACAACAACAACAACAACCACCAAGUCAGAGCAGGAUAUUAUUGAACUUCUCAGCCUAACUCUGUCAACAACUGCUCUGCCCUCCCCACAAACGCAACCGCAGACGCAGCACCCAUCGUUUUUUGCUGAUGAUAAUAUUCUUAUGAACAGCUACGUUGUCCCCUGGGCACAGUCCCAAGAAGAACCACAAGUCCCAAAAAUGACUCAGUUUGCUCCAUCAGGACCUCAGUUUCAGCCAUGGCCUCUGCAGCAGCAACAACCGUAUUCAUACGGUUAUCCUCAGCCACAAUGGAGCGGUGGCCAAGUAAACAGUAAUGACACAACAUUCUGGAGCCAAGGAGGCAAUGAGAAUAUGGUCUUUGAGAGAAACUUGCAAGUCUCAAACUCAUUUCCUGCUAGAGCCACGGGCACAUCCGGUGCUGCUACUGCGGCUACAGUGGACAGGCAGCCGUAGAGGCCAUAUGUUCCUCCAUACAAAUUGUUUGAAGAUCUUAACGUUUUCCGGAACACAGAUGGGGGCGUUAGGAGUAGCAAAUAACUAUGUUGUAAUUAGGAUAUAAUACUUCCAAAAGACAUUCAAAUUCUAUUAGAAAUUGACAAAGAUAACUAAUAAGACUUUCAAAGUGAGGCA